AUGUGUGCCUGCUUGUGUGUGUGUCUUGGCGUUGUAUGCUUCCUUCGCCUUUUUUCCUUGCUGUCCUCGCGUGCUUUGGGUGAACCGUGCAUAAAAAACAAGAAGGCCGCCAUGAUUGCGCGCGUUGCCCAACGGGAGGCGAACUGCCGAGCGGAUCGGUCGGUUCUGGGGAAAGGAGGGGGUCGCCGUGGCCCCACAUGCAUGUUUCGUUGGCCAGAGGAUGUCGAACGUCGGAGGACGCGGCUGACGGACGCCAGGCCGCUGCGUAGUCUUCUCGUGACGGAGGUCCUGGGGUUUGUUGGGAGCAACCACACCAAUCACCCUGGCCGAACGUCUUCUGGGGUGCACGCGCGCAACCCUGACAAGGUGGACCGCUGCGGUAACUUCAGGUUGAUUGGGGGCUCCGAAGACCCCUACUACCGCUCCUUUUUUGGGAACGCCACCAACGCGUAUCUGGCGACGCGCGCGCCGCGUCAUCACGAAAUUGCCGCCAUCAUUAAAUUUUCGGCGCAGGGCCACGCUGAAAGCGGCCUUGAUGAUAGCCUCUUCCUCACGCAUGGCGACGUUCUUGGGACGCGGUUUCUUCUUGAUCUCGCCCGGACGCGUGGCGGGAUGGAAGAAUUCAUUCAUGUCAGCACCGACGAAGCGUAUGGAGAGGUGACGGGCUCCAAGGAGGAAGAGGCAAUUUUUUUCCCGUUAUUAAAUAAACCGAAGGCCCGCACGCCGCCCUGCCGAGCGGAGAUGUGGAAGAGGGCCCGGGGAGGGCGCCGCACCGUAGGGCGCGAAACACACACACACACACAGGCGCCACUCACCCGCCCGGGCCAGCUACAAACCAGAAACCGGCAAGCCAGCAAACCAUGUGGCCCAUGGCCGAGGAAAUGGAGUGAGGAGCGUCGUGCCUCCUCGCUGCGCGAAGGUGUUGUUGGAGCAAAGCCCUCCCACUCCGAGGCGAAACCGCGCCAAGAUUUUUGUGAAGCGCGGCCCCUCACUUCUCCAGUGUGCGAACCGAGUUUUGGUUUAGGCGCCUGCAGAGCCGGGCAGCGGAGCAGUUUCAGAAUCGUCCCCUCGCGCAGUUCAGGCUGGCUGGUCUUCGCGAUGUCCACUUGA